AAAAUGGUCAUGUGAAACGUAAUCUUCCAGUUAGAAAACAAGCUUACACACAGAAACACAUAAAUCAGGAAAGUUUCUUAUUCAAAUAACUUUUUUCAGCAAUCUAUAGAAGUACUAGGGGAAAGAAACCAGUUAUAAGGGUGAAUAUUGAAGUUCAUCUAUACAAGGUCGAGUGUCAAGUUGAAAAGCUCGUACGGAAACUUCCGAGUUCGUUCCGAAACAUACAAGAUGGCGUCAGUGAGUGAGACAAGCAAUUGAUUCAAUCGAAUUGAAAUAAAAUUAAUUAAAUCCACUGCAUUGAAAUGAAAAUAUUUCUCUUUUGUACAAGGAUAGUUUCUGUUUUUGCUUUUGAUGAAACAUUUCUUUAAGUAAAUGGAGUUGAUGGGUAGCGAGUCAAAGGAAAAGAUGAGCAAUUUGAUUGAUGCUGAAAAUGAAGUAUUGAAGAAUGAAAAUGAUUAUGACUCUGACGAAGAAGGUGAAGGAACAUCGGAUUUUAAAGUUCAUGAAAGUGAUUCUCCUUCGGAUUUUGAACAGAAUGCAAUGAGCGAUGAAGAUACAGAGUCGUUGACUGGGAGUCUGGAUGGUGUUACUGGUGGUGAUGAAUAUGAAAUGACAGGUGAUGAUACAGAAUACCAUUCAGAUUCUGUCACAAGACACAUUCGACAGGAUAAAUUGGAGAUGCUUGCUCUGAGGAGACACCUUGAUGCUCUAAGUGAUCAAGUGGUGCAGAAUGAUUAUCUUGUGAUUCAAUCCAGGGAGGAGCUGGGGAAAUGUCGUGAAAAUAUACAAUCAUUGGAGAAAGAAAUUCAGAAAGUUGAAAAGGAAAUUGAAUGCCAUGAAUCAAAAGGAAACAAGGCACCAAUAUUUCGACUCAAGUCACAUUACACCAAAUUGUGUUGUGAACUUGACACGGAACAUAAAGUAGAAAUGGCAAUAAGAGAUAGACUUGAUUCUGCUGAAUAUUCCCUUUCAUUGGCAAAAAUGGAACAAGGUCGAUUCCUUCUGGCUGGUGAAGAACUUGAAAAGGAGGAACAGUUUGAAGUAAAAAAUAAGUCAGAAGCCAGUGCAAUGAGAAUCAGAAAAGAAAAUAUAGCAGCAAUGGCUGCUGACAAACGUCGAAGAACACGCGAGAAGGAGAAUAUCACAGCAUUACGUGAACGAGAAAGAAAACAUCGACAUGCUAUCAAUAUGGCUAAAAAAAGUAGAGAACAAGCUUCAAAGUUUUUAAAAGAGACAAUGACUAGAGUUCGUUUGAAGGAAGCUGAAGACGAAGAUCAUCACCGCGCUGAUAUGGAAAUCAGAAUCAAAAAUUUAUUAAGUUUGAAGAACAACAUUGAGAAAAACAAGGACAGUUUACGUACGAUUGAAGCAAGACGAGAUGUAAUGAGACAGGAGCAAGAACAAAGAGAUCAACUUGAACGAGAAGAAAUUCUUAUUGAUGGAUUGAAUCCUGAUGAAAUAUUAACUCGUCGAAAGCGAAUAAGACAGUUUGAAAAAGAUAAAGAAACAUUAGAGAAAAGACAACGGGAAAGACAGAUCGAAAUUGCCGAUAAGUUACUGAGAGAGGAAAAACAAAUGAAAAAACGUUUUCAACAGCAACCACAACUUUGGCCAGAGAAACAUCGUGAUAGAAACAAGAGAUUUGCUAAAAGAAGAACGAAAUCAAAACCGUUCAAAGUGUACAGCGGUUCCUCUUCAAUGGAAUACAGUGCAGAUGCUGAAGAUGCUGGGGGAGGAUUUUUACCCAGCAAACUCGUCCCAGUUUCAUCUGAUGACGAAGAUGAUUUCUCUCCAUUUGGUCACACAAGUCGUGAUGAAGAAAAAGAUGGUGAUUCUGAUCAUGACGAAGACGAUCUUGUUGAACCAGAAUUUCCUGGAUUAUGGAAUGAUUUUGAAGAGAGUGCAAACAAGAAAUUUGACAAAUGUCAGACGGAAAGAAAAUUGACAGUGAACAAUGCCAUGAGUAAAACAGAACAGGAAAUAAGAGAACGAUCCUUAAAGAAACAAAGGGAUAAUAUUGCAAAACAAGUAGCUGUUGGAAGAGAGUUUAAAGGUCAGGCUUUUUAUAGCAAACCUGAAGUUAUCAUCUUUAAGGAUUUCGAUGUCGGCAAAAGUUAUCGGAAGAAAAUCAUCCUCACGAACGUUUCAUUUACUCAGAAUUUUUGUAAAUAUGUUGGAAUGUCUGAACAGUUACUUGACUUUAUUGACGUCAUUUAUGAUCCACCAGGAGCGAUGUCUGCUGGCCUUACAUGUCAUUUUGCCGUUUUAUUUAAACCUAUGCUGAAUGAAGAUCUUAUUGGUCAAAUUGAUUUUCUUGCUCAAACUGGUCCAUUUUCUGUGCCUGUGAAAUGUCUCUCCAAAAAGUGUCAGGUCAGCGUUGAUAAAGAACACAUCAACUUUGGCUCUCAAAUUCUUGGAGAGAGUUGUAAAAAAAUAGUCACGUUGAUAAAUGACGGAGCAUUGGGCACUAGGUUUUACGUGAAGAAAUGUCUUUCGUCAGUUGACGUCAAUCCUCCAUUAUUUAAGGAAACUGACAGAAAUGUUGUGGAAAAUGUUGGAGACGAUUUUAAUAAGCAAGAAAAGUUAAAAGAACUUGAUGACAAAACUCAGGAUAAGAAACACUUUGAAAAACAAAAUAUCGAAGAUAAACAAGAGAUGGAAGAUUUACCUUCACCUAUACAUAAAAAGUCUGAUGACAUCGUAACAGAAGAGUUCACGCUUGGCGAGGUGAAAUGUGGAGAAUUGAGACCACAAACUUCAUUUCAACUCGAAGUGAUAUUUGCACCUCUUAAGCCUGGUGACAGCACCUGCUCGUUCGAAAUUACAUUUGAAGAUGGAGAAUUAUUGCCUAUCAUCAUCAAUGUUCAUGGGACUUGUAUCGACGUUCCUGUGUGGGUUGAACGUGAGAUAGUGGAUCUCAAAAUCUGUAUGUAUGACAGACUCUAUCAAGAUGCUAUUGUCAUAAACAACAGAGCAACAUCAGCACUCAGACUAAAGUUUGAAGUAAAUAAAGAUGUUAGUAAUCACCUGGAGUUAUUACCAAAGACUGCUUACAUUCAGGCACAGUCCCAAUUUUCUGCUCAACUUAAAUUCCUACCAAGAAAGACAUUGUCUAAAGAUUGUCCAAAUUAUUUUAACGCUGAAACUGGAAUUCUUCGAGCGCCACUUACAAUAUGUGUUGCUGAUAAGACGCGUCCAGUCCAAUUCACUGUACAUGCUAUUGUAACUCCAUCCGAUAUUGAAUUCAAUGUCUCCAAAAUUGAUUUUGGUUAUUGUACAACUGUGGAGUCUGUAAAACAGACCAUUACCAUGACAAACAAAUCAGUUCUUGCACAAAUGUAUGGAUUUUGUCGUGUACCCGAGUGUUUAGAAGUACAACCAAAUGAUGGUUUUGGUACUUUACUUCCGUUAGAAAGUCUUGAUGUUGAUGUUAUAUUUAGUCCGAAGAAUGCUCAGGAGUAUAAUAUGGAUCUUGUGUGCAAGAAUGGCAUUGGGACCGAGUUUAGUAUUUCAUGCAGGACUGGUGUCUACCCACCAUUAAAACUAUCAGUAUCAAGCAUAUCAUUUCGUGCAACGAGCAUAGGUGACAGUUCAGUUGCUAAACUGAAAGUCACCAAUCAUCUCACUGAUGAAAAUGGCUUUACACAUGAAGUACCGCGUAUUGGGAAGGGGCCUGUGGCUAAGUUUGGACCAACUACCUUUGAGUUUGUUGUUCCUUCGGGCUCUCCUAUCAAUAUAUCUCCCGCUGUUGGUGUUGUCAUGCCAGGAAAGAGCUGUAACAUUGAUGUAACAUUCUCACCACAACUGUUGGAAGAAGAAAUCAUUCAAGAAACUUUUCGUAUUGCUGGUAAGAUGGUAAAAAGAAAGAUAAGUGAAGAAAGUUCCUCCAAAGUGGAGGAAACUAUUCCAACUACCUCACCAUCUAAUGUAAAGAAACAAUUAACCAAGUUGGGUGGAAAGAAAAGUGGAAAAGAUUCACCAAAACGAAGACAAACAUCUUCAGUUGCAUCUAAGACACAAUCGACAUCAAUGAAAACAAGCACCGACGACAAAGAUAUGAAAGGAAGUGACGAAUACUCUGCAGCUCAACUCUCCCUUCUGAAAAACUUUGAAAACCAAUUUAACAGCUACAGUAUACCGUGUUUUGUUGCUAGUGGAGAGUCAAGUGAACCUGGAACAUUAGAAUAUAGUGUAUACAAUACGUUGUUCUUAAAAGUACAUUGUCCUGCAAUUAGGCCUCAUCUGGUUGUUGUUUCAAAUUAUGGAAGAUCUUCUGUUGAUUUUGGUCCAGUCUCUGUUGGACAGCGAGAAGUCAGAGAUUUGACCAUUCAAAACAUUUCGUCAUAUACGUUGGAGUUAUCAACAUCCAUCCUUGAUCCUCAUGGUCCUUUUAUGUUGCUCAAUGUCAAUCGAACUUUAGAGAGUAUGGAGAGUAUCUCCUGCUGCAUUUCAUUCUCACCUCAGUCAGCAGAAGAGUUUUAUGAAGUAUUGGAGUUCAAUUGUGUUCGUUCGAGCCUGCAUGUGAAAUUACGAGGUAAAGGUGUCACGCCCGUUGUCGCAAGUAAUGUUGAAAAUUCUGUCAUUGAUUUUGGCUAUGCAUUGGUUCACGACUCAGUAACUGCGAUGUUUAAGCUGGAGAACAAUUCUGAAUUACGUGUCUCCUACGAUCUUAACUUUGCAAGUUUAUCGAAAUCCAAGCGGUCGAUAUUACGAAACACCAUGCCAUUUGAAACAGAAUCUCCAGCUAUAGGUUGCUCUAACUAUUCUGGUCAAGUUGUAUUUGAUUGUGUGCCGUCGUCAGGCAAUAUAGAACCUGGCAAAUCUCAGGAUAUUUUUGUCACUUUUACCCCUGAUCAUGCCAGUGAAUAUUUUGCUGACGAACUAAGUAUCGAGGUUAACAAUGAUGUAAGCGAGAUUGUGCGUUUGCGAGCAAGGGCAUCUCCGACAUUGAUGUAUCUUCAAGGAUGGGAUGAACUUCGUCAACAAGAAAAAUCACUUACGGAAAUCAUCAGUGAACACGAGGAAGGCUCGCCUCUUCAAAAAAAAGUUCUUCUGAUGUUCAAGAGCGAAAGCAAACAAGGGGAGUCCUUCAAACCUAUAGAACGACGUAUUUUGGUUGGAUGUAUUAAGUCAAGUAUGGUGAAUCGAAAAUCCUGCGAGUUUGUUUUUGAUAGUCUCAAAGAAUGCAACGAAAAAGGCUUCAGUUUUGACCCCAUCAAAUCAAGUGUGGAGAGUGGAGCUAAGAAAGACAUUGUAUUUCGAUGGCAGCCUACCGCUGACCAUGAUACUAAUGCAGUUGUUAGUGCAUCCACCACAGUAACAGUCAAAGGUGAAACAGUGACGCAAUAUCAUGUUCUUUUGAGAGGUAUUGUUGUUUCACAGGAAUAAUGAGGUUAGUGACUUUACACUUUAUUGUUUUUCAUGCGCUGCAGAGAUGAUUAUUUUACGAAAUUUAUGGCAAAACUUACAAACACAAGAAUAUUUGCGUGCUAUUUUAUAUAUAUAAAUAUGUAUAUAUAUUGUUAAAUGUUAUUUAUGGAACAUAUACAUAAUGUUAAGAGGUUUUCUAAACAUUAUCGAUCUUUUAUGAUUAAAGCGUUCAAUUUAAAA